AGAAUCAAAAAUAUAAUUCAGCUAAGCCCUAACAUCUGUUUGCCGUCGCCGGUCAGUCCUCAUCCGCCGUUGACCAGGGGCUAGGGAUAGUUAACGACCACUGAUAAUGGCCGAUAGAGAAGAUUCAGACAUUGAUGAUGAUUUUAGUGAACUUUACAAGGAAUAUACUGGUCCUCCAAGAUCAACUACUGCUAGUGUGCCUGAAACCACAAUACCGAGUAAAAGGUCUCAUGCCGAUUCGGAUGAAGAAGAGAAUCCCUUGGACCCUAGUGCCGUCCCAACUGGUUUUACCAGUCGUGAUGCUAAGUUUUGGGAGGCAAAGUCUAAAGCUACGGAAAAGAACUGGAAGAAAAUGAAGGAAGAAGAAAUGAUCUGUAAAUUAUGUGGAGAAUCCAGUCACUAUACACAGGGUUGCCCGUCUACACUUGGGGCUAAUCGCAAGUCUCAAGAUUUAUUUCAAAGAGUCCCUGCAAGAGAUCCUCAAGUGAAAGCACUUUUCACUGAGAGGGUUAUUAGGAAAAUUGAGACGGAUAUUGGGUGUAAACUUAGAAUGGAGGAGAAAUUUAUAAUUGUUAGUGGUAAGGAUGGCCGAAUUUUGUCAAAUGGUGUUGAUGCUGUUCACAAAAUUAAGAAUGAGGGUGACACCAUGGUUGAAUCCAAUUCUAACAUCGAGCGGUCCAAGUCACCGAAAGGAAGAAGUCCUGUUGCCUCAAGGAUGGUACGCUCUGAUUCUCAGAGGUCUAUACCUAGUCCUCGAAACUCUUCAAGUUUUAACCAGAGGCCUGGCAGACAAGACAAAGUCAUUGAAGAGCAUGUGCAUGAGGAAUUUCAGAAGUAUCCUAGGGGAUCCCCACAAGCCCAAGCUUAUGGGAAUGAUGGCGGCCGGAGCCGCUCAGCACACUCGAAAUCUCCUGCUCGCACUCCAUACGCUGGUGGAUCAUAUAGCUUAAAUGAUAAUCUCGGCCAGGUAAGGGAUAUGCACCGGAAUGAAGGACGGGAUGUGGACACACGUGGCCAAAAGGGAGGCUUUUCUAGUUUCUCUCAGACGUUGGAGGAAUUAGAGUUGGAGUAUAAGAGGGAUGCUAUGGAUAUUGCAAAAGUUCGAGACAACGAAGAAGACGAAGAGAAUCACAGGCAUCGUGAGGCUGUCAGGGAAAUGCGAGAAAAUCACAUGAAAAGAUUGGCAAUGACACGGGAAACACAUGCAAAGCAAUGGGAAAGGUUUCUACAACUUGACGCACGAAGAAGGCAACAAGAAGGUCGACAACAAGUUCCUGCUCCAGGGUUUGGUGGUUAUAAAGUUGAGGGUCAUUAUGAUUACGGUAAUGCUGCCAGUAAUCCUUAUGGUAAUAAUAUGUCUACCGAGUCAAGAGUAAGAUAUCCUGAACUUGAUAAUUAUCCUUUGAGAUCCAGUCACAACUAUGAAGACUUUCAACAUCAAAGACACGAGGAUCAUGGCCAUGGAAAAGCAUAUAAUCGAUAUUAGAUUAUAUCUACAGUACUCUGGUGAGUUGCCUAGUCGGAAUUAGUAUGUGCAGAUAUUAGUUCAGUUUUAUCUCUUGCUCUAUCAAUUAAUUAUUCAUGUGCCCCAUCAUCCAUCAACCUUCUGCUGUUUUUUGGACUUGUUGCUACUAUUUUGUACCCUUCGUUUUAGUAUCCUUAGUUGAAUUGAACAUAAUAUAACUUUGUGUAGCCUUUAGUUUCUGGUCUGAUGCUUGAUAUAUUAAUACCCGUUGAAAGCAUUAUGAUUUUGCUGAAGAAUCGUCUUACAAUGUAUGCUUCACAAACGGGGUGUGAAGACUCGAGUGUUGUUAGGUCAGCAAUGUUGUCUAGGAUGGAAUUUUUCCAGUUUUAGUUGUUUUUGCUAGGAAAAUUUGAAAUAAGAAUGAUGAUCAUUUGUAAGGAAAAA